AACUAAUGAAUUGAUACUGAGUGAUCGUGUGCAUGUAAGUUCCUUCCGUAUAAAGAUCACUUCAUUCUGAGCUUUGUUUAGCCAAAAAAAAAAAUUAUACCAGUUGAUUUUGACAGUUACGAGGACGUGGAAGCGUGGGUAGGCAUACUCCGUAUAAAAUGCGGCACAAAAUGUAUGGAGCAGCCGUGUUACUGAGCCUGAUGGCUACCAUGACAACGGGCAGCAUUGAUGCUAACAAUCUGAAUGUUGGUAGGACCUCUUCAAUUUCUGUCGUGACAUCACCGGGCCCGCCAACUUGCAAACUCCUCAACGUCGAGGAGGGUCUACCUCUUGGCUUCAAAUCUCCCCAAAAAGCCACAGUCGUCACCGUUGUCCAUCAGCUUUAUGUCACCUUAGACUGCCCGAGCCGAAACUUUUGUAGUAUGAGGUGGCUGAAGGGCUAUACUCCGGUACAAGUGAAUAAUGAUAUCCAACUUGACCAGUUCAACCAGACCUUGGAAAUCCUCCGGGCACUCUACAGCCAGGCUGGCAACUACACCUGCAUGGUGACGGACGGACGGCACACCAUCAGUCAGACGUUCCAACUUCGAGUUAUAGAGACACCCUGGACCAUGGAGCCUCUACCCUUAUCUGCUGACACCUGCAUAAAUCAGACGGCAGGUGUUGGAAGUUCGGCAGAAUUCUUUUGCUUCUUCUUUGCCGGCGAUAAUAGCAGGGACGUGGAGCUCACUUGGUACAAGCGGGUGGUGUCCGGAACAUGGGUACCGGUCAGCUCCCUGUACACCAAGGAAACAGAAUAUGAGGAAGUGGUCGACUACACAGAGAAAAGAGAGUACAGUGGAAGUGGCCUGAAAGAGACGGCUGGAAAGCAUCUGUACGUCAGGCAAGUGACGGAGGAGGCCUAUGGCGAUUAUCGACUUGAGGGGAACAACAGCUACGGGGCCAGAUACACACAGCCCUUGUCUCUCACAGCCCCUCCGCCGGAACCCAUGGCAGACUUGACGGCCGUCAUAGCAGCGACCGUGGCCGUGGCUUGCCUGCUGGUUGCACUGGUGGCGAUGGCCGUGACCUGGCAUUUUGUCAAGCUGGACGUUAAGAUCUGGAGGAAGAACCGCUUUGGGGCCUUAGAGGACGACGACGGGAAGACAUACGAUGCGUUUAUCUGCUACGCUGACGAAGAUCUACCAUUUGCUCUGGACAUCCGUGAGAGGCUCGAGCAGGCUGACUAUAACGUCUGCGUCGGUGAUAUUGAUUUCACACCAGCAACAACCCUGGUUGAGGAGAUUAUUCUGGCCCUAAACACCAGCCGGCGCUGCCUAAUUGUCAUCUCACCUGAUUUCAUUCGCGCCCGCCACAGCGCCAUCCAGGUGGACGUCGCGGCCGACCAGUUGCUGCACCGGCAGAUCAAGAUCGUGCCCGUGGUCUACCGCGCCAUCUCGGCCACCGACCGCGAGGAGAUGCCGCUCCUCAGGCGCAUCCUGACCAACGUGCGGGUGGUGCAGUGGGACGAGGAGGCGGCCGACCGGUCCACCAAACAGCUGCUGGUCCACAUGCCGCCCCGCCGACCAGCCGUGACUCCACCCCAGAGGGAAGGGAUUGAGGAGAGGAACCUCCUGCGGUUGUCGGACGGAAACGUCAAUGGGCAGGCAGACGGAGGUGCACCCCCCCAUCUUGACAUCGCCGUGGGCUGUGAGAUGAACCGAUUUUUGAGGGACAUCGCAGAGAUGGAGACCAGACAUCAUCAUGCAAACCAAGACCAGAAGGAAAAUGCCUUGCCGUGUUGAUGUUUAUCGACCCGACAAAUAAAGGAGUCCAUCAUAGCCAAGACCCCAGCUAGCUUUAAACAUACUUAUUCAAAGGUGCUCAAUCUCACUUUUAAUUCCCAUUUUUGAGUGCUUUUUUGACUAAAUGCCAAUUAACCCUCCUAUGCUGAAGUCACUCUUUGGGUCACUUGGUAAACACCUCAAAGAAGCACAGCUGUGUCUUGU